ACGAGGCAAAUGGGAAGUGUGGGACCGGGGAAACUAGAUCACCAAAGGAAGUAUAAGAUUAAAGUCUACAUACUAUAUAUUGGUACUCCGAGUGCAGUAAAACAUCGCGCCUUCUCUACCUGCGUUGAAAAUUGUAACGUUAUACUUUACUGCGUGGUUGAUCUGAUUAUCAAAGGUUAUGCUGUUGCCCCGACUCGACAUCUUCGCUCUGCCUGCCGCGGCAUAGCCAGCGGUUAUCUGUGAUUUCAUUGAUUGAUAUCAGGAUUUCGUGUUGGCCUAGUCUUUUCCAGCAAUAGUCUACUCGCGUAGGAGAAUGGACUGAACGUUUUCUUGAAAAGGAACUUUUUUUGUGUUGACUAAUAGUUUAACUUCCGAACUACUCUGAAUCGACCUGAAAAUGUCUAAUACAAAGUUCAAAAAGGAUAAAGAAAUCAUUGCUGAUUACGAGAGUCAAGUUAAAGAGAUCCGUGCCCAGCUGGUGGAGCAGCAGAAAUGCCUGGACCAGCAGACAGAGAUGAGGGUGCAGCUCCUCCAGGACCUGCAGGACUUCUUCAGGAAGAAGUCAGAGAUCGAGAUGGAGUACUCCAGGAACCUGGAGAAACUGGCUGAGCGCUUCAUGGCUAAGACGCGGAGCACCAAGGACCACCAGCAGUACAAGAAGGACCAGAACCUGCUGUCACCGGUCAACUGCUGGUACCUGCUGCUGAACCAGGUGAGGAGGGAGAGCAAGGACCACGCCACCCUCAGUGACAUCUACCUGAACAACGUCAUCAUGCGCUUCAUGCAGAUCAGCGAGGACUCCACACGCCUGCUCAAAAAGAGUAAGGAGAUAACGUUUCAGCUCCAGGAAGACUUGAUGAAAGUCCUCAACGAGCUCUACACUGUGAUGAAGACCUACCACAUGUACCACACGGAGAGUACCAGCGCCGAGAGCAAGCUGAAAGAGGCGGAGAAGCAGGAGGAGAAGCAGAUCGGCCGGGCCGAGCCUGUCUUCAGUAUCCGCCUGGAGGACAAGCACCAGAGACGCAGCUCCGUCAAGAAGAUCGAGAAGAUGAAGGAGAAGCGCCAGGCCAAGUACUCUGAGAAUAAGCUGAAGUCAAUCAAAGCUCGAAACGAGUACCUGCUGACGCUGGAGGCGACAAAUUCCUCCAUCUUCAAGUACUACAUCCACGACUUGUCCGACUUAAUUGAUUGCUGUGAUCUGGGCUACCACGCCAGCCUGAACCGGGCCCUGAGGACCUACCUGUCAGCGGAGUACAACCUGGAGACUAGUCGCCACGAGGGCCUGGACAUCAUCGAGAACGCCGUGGACAGUCUGGACCCUCGCAGCGACCGCCAGCGCUUCAUGGAGUUGUACCCCACUGCUUUCUGCCCGCCCAUCAAGUUUGAGUUCCAGCCCCACAUGGGCGACGAGGUGUGUCAGAUUGCGAUGCAGCCCCCGGUGAACGGAGAGCUGAUGUUGAGGUUCCAGCAGCUCCAGUCCCGCCUGGCCACUCUGAACAUUGAGAACGAGGAGAUCAAGAAGACGUCAGAGGCCACCCUGACCACCAUCCAGGAUAUGGUGACCAUUGAAGACUAUGACGUGUCCGAGUGUUUCCACCACAGCCGCUCCACCGAGUCGGUCAAGUCCACCGUGUCGGAGACCUACCUCAGCAAGCCCAGCAUCGCCAAGCGGAGGGCCAACCAGCAGGAGACGGAGCAGUUCUACUUCAUGAAAUUCCGUGAGUUUCUGGAGGGCAGCAAUCUCAUCUCCAAACUGCAGGCCAAGCACGACCUGCUGAAGAGGACUCUGGGAGAAGGUCACAGAGGGGACUAUAUGACCACAAGCCGCGGACGACGGAACUCGCACGCCAGACACCAGGACUCUGGACAAGCUAUCCCCCGCGUGGUUGAGAGCUGUAUUCGAUUCAUCAAUCUGUAUGGCCUUCAACAUCAAGGAAUAUUCCGUGUGUCCGGGUCUCAGAUGGAAAUCAAUGACAUCAAGAACUCAUUUGAGAGAGGUAACGACCCGUUGACAGAUGACGAGAACAACCACGACAUCAACUCAGUGGCCGGUGUUCUCAAACUCUACUUCCGGGGCCUGGAAAAGUCCCUCUUGCCCAAGGAAAGAUUUAACGACCUCCUCUCCAGUAUCAGAAUAGAGAACCUGUAUGAAAGAUCCCUGUACAUCCGUAAGAUCCUCCUGACCGCCGUGCCCAGGUCUGUCCUCAUCGUGAUGCGCUACCUCUUCGCCUUUCUCAACCACCUGUCCCAGUACAGUGAUGAGAACAUGAUGGACCCCUAUAACCUGGCCAUCUGCUUCGGCCCCACCCUCAUGCCCACGCCCAACAUCGAGGACCAGGUGUCGUGCCAGGCGCACGUCAACGAGAUCAUCAAGACCGUCAUCAUCCACCACGAGACUAUCUUCCCCGACGCCAAGGAGCUGGACGGUCCCGUCUACGAGAAGUGCAUGGCCGGGGGAGACUACUGUGAGAGUCCCUACAGUGAGCAUGGGGCCAUUGAGGAGGUGGACAAUGAGGGAGGGACAGAGACGCAUACCAGCGAGGACGAAGGUGAGCCCAUCGAAGCAAUCGCCAAGUUUGACUACGUGGGACGCUCGGCCCGCGAGCUGUCCUUCAAGAAGGGCGCCUCCCUGCUGCUGUACCAGCGGGCAUCAGAUGACUGGUGGGAGGGACGGCACAAUGGCAUCGACGGCCUGGUGCCUCACCAGUACAUUGUGGUGCAGGACAUGGACGAUCAUUUCUCGGACACACUAAGUCAGAAGGCUGACAGUGAGGCCAGCAGCGGUCAUGGAGCUGAGGACGAAGGCAUGUGUUCAGGCAAAGACACGGGCUCCCCUACAGACACCAGGAUCUCUGAUGCCUACAGGCACAGAAAGAGGACGGAGCCCCCAUCGCGCCGCCCCCCUGUCCGCCCCAGUGACGUCCACUGCAUAGUACACUCCCAGCAGAUCCACGGGGGCCAGGGUCACACCCCUGAGAUGGGUUCUCCGGUGCUGGGUCACUCCUUCAGCCCCCGGGAUCUGCUGCGGAGCCGCAACCACGGCCAGCUGCCCAUGGACAGUCCAGAGCGCCGGCGGCGCACCGGCCACGGCAGCCUGACCAACAUCAGCCGCCACGAGUCGCUGAAGAAGAUGGAGAGCCCGCCCAUCCGACGCUCCACGAGUUCUGGCCAGUACACGGCCGUGUUCCAGGAGCCCCACCCACACCCGCACGGCGGCGGCAAGCCCCUGGACCCGGAGACCAUCGCACAGGACAUAGAGGAGACGAUGAACACGGCGCUGAACGAGCUGCGGGAGCUAGAGAGGCAGAGUUCGGCCAAGCACGCCCCCGACGUGGUGCUGGACACCCUGGAGCAGAGGCAGUCGACCGGGGGCCCCACCCCAGCUAGUUCCAGCGAGUCCCUCAGCCCCCUCCACAACAUCCUGCUGAGGGCCCAGACCGGCGAGGCCGGGGGGGCGCCGAUGCGCCGCAGCACCAGCUCCUCCAGCGACACCAUGAGCACCUUCAAGCCGGUGGUGAUGCCCCGCAUGGGGGUGCAGCUCAAGCCACCUGCCCUGAGGCCUAAGCCCCUGGUGCUGCCCAAGACGGGCCCGGCCCACCUCCCCGCCGCACCCCCUCCCCAGGACCCCCUGGACAAGUCGUGCACCAUGUGAACGCUGAACUCUGGGAUGGGAGCAGAGGCCAAUGGGACAAUGGGAGAAGGGCUCUGAGUCUAGAUACAGUAGCAACAUGUUAUCGAUGUCUAUAGAUUCUAAUAAUAAUUAUAACAUUGUGAGGACAGUAGAAGAACAGUCCAUUGCCUGGACAUUGAUUAAAGAGAUCUGAGACAUUCAAGUAAACAAGGAUACUGUAGUUUGCUUUGUGAGAUGGAUUUGUUUUCUUGCAGUGUCUAGAAGUUAACCAGUGUCAAGUAAGUUAACCACAUUUAUUGACAAUGACAACAUAGGGAUAUUCUCGGGUCUGCUAAACAGACUGAACUACCACAAGGAAAAGGGCAUGUUUCAGUGUGAAUAUUUUCAACAGACAAAUAGUUUGUCAUGAUCAUAUAGAAAAUACUGUAGAAUCUGCUGAAAUGCCUAGCAUCGCUAGAUAGGUCAACUUUUUCUUCUUGAUCAUUACUAUAUACAGUAACAAAUCACAAAGGCUUUCUUUGAGGUUACAGAAACAAGAGAACUACAAAAGAAUGAACGCUAAAGAAACAGUGGUGCCACGUUUUGUUUCCUACUCAGCCAGGGGAACUAUGGGAAAUGUAGUCCGUGUCAGCUGAGCCCGACUGGAGUUCGCUUCUCACUUAGAUGUAAAACGCUUAGGUUUAGAGUACUGAUCGUAAGGCCUUACUGCCACUCAGAAAUAUAAGCUGUCAAUAGUGUUCAGACCACCAAUCGAAAGCUGCUGGUAGUAUGGGUGUAGCUAACUAAUGUUUAUAGCUGAGAUUGAAACAGAGACUGAAGCAGGGAGUGGAAGAGUCCAGAUAUGUGUGUGAUCAUAAGGGUACACUCAUAUAUAUGAGUUAUGAAAAAUUGUACAAGAUUGCCUACAUGUUGAUUUCACAUGGCUUUAUUUUAACACAGUGGCAUUGUUCUAAACAAAGUCUGGAGGGAGACGAGGAUACAACCACUAUGUGAAAUAUUACCCGCUAUGGAAAUUCUGUGAAAAUUGUUAUAUACUCUUAAAGACCUGUGUCGAACCUUCGUUGGCCUUCUGUCUUUAGAAUCAAGGGGCCGGUUGAGAAUGGUUUGCUGUACUGUAGACGCCCCACAAUGCAUAUGACCAAUGGUAUACACAACACACAACAGCUUGUUUUACUGUACACACAAUGCCUGGCUUUCUCUGUCCAAAUGAAUCAUAGUUUUAGAGCAUGGAUGUUACUCUUUCUUUCUCUGCUUGUGCAAGACUCUAGAAACAUGUGGAAAGACUCACGGCAGUCAACUCUCCCAACGACGGAGUGCUGCCAGUAGCCAUGGACUAACUGACUGUUACUGUAAAAUACUACCUUGUUCAUCAUACUGCUUCUUGUGUUUCUUGUCAAUGUUAGUGUGUGAGAAGCUUUCUAUCCCAAUAGCCCCCCCUCUGACCAUGUAGGCUAAUCCUUGUGUUGUGGAUAGGGAGAUGGGCUGGUCCAUUACUCUGUGGGAGAGAUGUGACUGAUGUUUAGAUUCUCCAUCAGGAAUCUGUCAUUACAUGUAGGCGAUAAACCCCCUCUUGAAUGAUUGAUUUGGUCCUGGGGAAUACAUACUCGCAUGUUCACUGAAGACCAUGUCACAUGAUGUGGGUGUAUGUGACAACUGACCACCAAGGGAACUGGCCUACUCAUACUGGAACUGUAUGUCCCCCUGUUUUCCAAUUCUGUGACCGUGCCCUCUAGAAGUCUGUCUGUGUAGCUGAAGAAAGAAGACUGAUAGGUGCAUGUGUGGGGAAGCUUGCAUCUGGUUAAAAAGCAAGGACAAAAAAAAACAGUCUCAAAUUUGCAAUAAGCAAUGUUUUCCUUGAAAUACAAACUGCAACAGGUUUAUUUUUGUCUGUUGCAAAACAUUUAUGUAUAUUAAAAGUGAAUAUGAUCUGAAUUCUGGAUUACAACCCUUUUUUCUGAAUUAUGUAAUGUUCAUUUGUUUAAGAUUUUAGUUUUGUUAGAAUUGAAUAGGAUUUUUUGAACAAAGGAUGUAGAAAUUCAGAAGUCCAAUGCAGAGUCUUGAAAGUUGCAGGUGUCCUACCCAAACCCGGAUCGUAUUCAUUCGACACCAAAUGGAAGAAAACUGACAAACGGAGGGAGUACCAAGAAGAAACACUCAUUUAGUUUUCCGUUUUGCUACAGUGUCUCCUAAUGAACAUGAGCCUGUUGUAUUCUGUGUUUUCUCUCUAUGCCAAUCAUACACAGUUAGCAGUAGCGUCCUGCCUGUUGACUAACUUUGUGUCCUUGUACAUCUGUAGUAUGUACACGUGAAAGUGCCUUUGAAAAUGUUUUAGAGGAACUUGAACUAUGUUCUGUACUGUUGCGUUCUCAUUUCAGACCCUGUGUUAUGAGCAGUAGGAAGCAAGAUGAAUGAAUUAAUAAUGAUGAUGCCAUUUUAGAAAAAGUUAUUAAUUAAUGAAUAAUAAAGAUACUGCUUAUACAUUGUUACAAUGCACUUUUAUGUAUAGAACUGUAUAUUUGGCAUGAAAUAUCUUAACUUUUAGAGCUAUUUGAGGGUUGUUCCUCAAAGGUUUUUCUUUCUAAUAAAGGCAAUUGUUCAGUCUGAA